AUGUCCAAACGACUGAGAAGGCUUGCCGCUAUCAUUGCCUUUGGACAUGGAUGUCUUUCGCGCGUAUGGGGCCACGUUCUGGAUGAGUUCGGCGAAAACGCCUAUAAUGACGUAUAUGAAGGCGAAUGCGAGUGCCCACCAGAUGUCCAUAUCAUCUGUGGGAAGAACGGAAAAGAGUAUAUUAACCCGUGCUACGCAAUGUGUGACGGCACGUUGGUUAAGGAAAAGGGGCACUGCAGCGUAUUUCAUAUUGGCGAGAACUGA